UGGGAAGGCGGGUGUGUUGAGAGUUUAAGUGAUAUAUACAACCGAGGAAGUUGGGGUUGCGAUCGACUCACCUCGACUUUUAGGUCGUCACCAUUAUUCUCCCUAUAGCAUGGAGUCAAGCCAGGAUCAGGCGACUGAAAACCGGCGCAUCGCUGAUCAUGCUCUUAACGAGUCCUCUGAGCCCGGGGCGCAAAAUGACGACAACGCGACAUCACUUUCUUGGCCAUCCUACAAGGCAGGUGACCAUGAAGAGCCAACGAAUGCGCCUAUACCUGUAGAAGAUACAUCCGCCGAGAAACCAAGCUCCCCUCCAAUUUCAACGGAGGAAACCACCACGGUGGUGAAUACCGAUGCCUCGCAUAACCAAGCAUCGAGCAUUCCUUCAUCUUCUGGUGUAGGUGCUGAUAAUCGACACCGUCGUGAUACUGGCGCUAGCAAUGCCGACCUUUCGGAUAGAGUGUUCCCUAUCCGAUCGGUCGUUAGUGUUGACCAGUCGCAACCGACGCCCCUAACGUUGGUAAAAAAUCCGGGAGAACAAGGUUAUAUAUCCCGCCAAGGCACGACUUGGGAUGGCCGGCGACGACCAAGCAAUGCUCGUAUUUCAGUAGACACGUCCGAUGGGCCCCAAAGGGCUGAAACACUGUAUAGUACUCCUGUUUCGUCGUCUCUGGGAUCGCCGAAGAAUAAAGACAAUAUUGGAAAAUUAAAGGAGGAAGAGAUACGUCCCUCUAGCCCAACCCCAAACUUGAAGAGGGUUACGUCUACCGGCCCGUUGUCUUUUUUUAACGACGCAUCUUCGGAUGUUUCCGAUAAGUCGAAGGACAGCAUGAUGUCACAUCUGGGAGAGAACCGCUCUGAUGCUUCAUUUGGACGUGGACAUCCUGGGGAAUUAGACGAUACGCUGAUGACGGUCCGUUUCCGUCACGUGGUUACAGAGGAAGGCCAUGCUGUUAUUACUGGGCGUGACGGUAGCUUACAGCGAUGUGAAGAUGAGCCGAUCCACACGCCUGGAGCCGUCCAGGCAUUCGGUCUUCUUGUCGCUCUUAGAGAGGAAAACGAUGGUCGACUCACUGUUCGAUGCGUUAGCGAAAACUCCAGGAAGAUAAUUGGAUUCUCACCGCAGGAGUUAUUUCGACUCGAAAGCUUUACCGAAAUUCUGACCGAAGAGCAGACCGAUAAUCUUCUAGACCAUAUUGACUUUAUUCGAGACGAAGAAGCCGACCCAACUACUAAUGGGCCUGACGUAUUCAGCAUAUCGAUACGACCGCCUCAUAAGAGGUCCAUAAAGUUGUGGUGCGCAACGCAUAUUAACGCAAGUCAUCCAGAGCUGAUCAUCUGCGAAUUUGAGCCUGAGGAUGACCAAGAACACCCCCUCCGACCGGUUGACGAGUCAAUACCGGAUGGGCCCCAGGACACCCUCUGCCAGAACCCAACAACAGAGGAGUUUCAGGAAAGCACCGAAAUUAGCAGUAGACCUCUGAGAAUCCUUAGAAGCGCACGGAAUAGACGCGGCGGAGCCAGUGCCAUGCAGGUGUUCGAUAUAAUGUCCCAAGUUCAAGAACAAUUGGCAUCCGCGCCGAAUCUACCAACCUUUCUGAAAAUAUUGGUGGGAAUCGUCAAAGAGCUUACUGGAUUUCACAGAGUUAUGAUCUACCAGUUCGACGCGGCAUUCAACGGCAAAGUCGUGACCGAAUUAGUUGAUCCUGCAAACACCCGUGAUCUUUACUACGGCCUGCAUUUUCCUGCAUCCGAUAUUCCGAAACAAGCGCGAGAUCUAUAUAAGCUUAAUAAAGUUCGAUUGCUCUACGACCGGGAUUUGGAAUCUGCGAGGCUCGUUUGUCGAUCUCCCGAGGAUUUAGGAAGGCCGCUCGAUCUCAGCCAUGCCUAUCUUCGAGCCAUGUCUCCGAUCCACCUGAAGUACCUUGCUAACAUGGCCGUCCGGUCCUCUAUGUCCAUAUCAAUUAACGCCUUUAACGAACUAUGGGGACUUAUUGCAUGUCAUAGCUAUGGCGCGAAAGGAAUGCGAAUUCCGUUUCCGAUUCGAAAGCUAUGUCGGCUAGUAGGCGACACAGCAUCGCGCAAUAUUGAACGACUCUCAUAUGCGUCACGUCUCCAGGCGAGGAAACUUAUCAAUACCGUGCCGACUGACAAGAAUCCUUCGGGAUAUAUCACCGCCUCAUCUAAUGAUCUUAUAAAGCUAUUCGACGCAGAUUGUGGUAUGCUAUCUAUCAGAGGUGAGACGAAAAUAUUGGGGAAGAUUGAACAGUCCCAAGAAGCUUUGGCUAUGCUGGAAUACCUACGCUUGCGAAAGUUCACUUCCGUAUUAACUACUCAGGAUAUCCGUGAGGAUUUCCCAGAGCUACACUAUGCUCCCGGUUUCUCAGUUAUCGCCGGUCUGUUAUAUGUUCCACUAAGUGCGGGCGGAAACGAUUUUAUCGUCUUCUUCCGAAAGGGACAAGUUAGAGAAGUAAAGUGGGCUGGUAAUCCAUAUGAGAAGGUAAUUAAAGCAGGCACUUCGAGUUUUCUGGAGCCACGAUCAAGCUUCAAAGCAUGGCAAGAAGUCGUCAUUGGGAAAUCUAGAGAGUGGUCCGAGGAGCAGGUGGAAACUGCCGCCGUCCUCUGUUUAGUAUACGGAAAAUUCAUUGAGGUCUGGAGGCAGAAAGAAGCUGCGUUGCAGAGCAGUCGACUUACUCGACUUCUCUUGGCAAAUUCUGCCCAUGAGGUCCGCACUCCCUUGAACGCAAUCAUUAAUUGUUUAGAAAUUGCUAUGGAAGGGCCCCUAGAGCAAGAGACUAGAGAAAACUUGGCAAGAUCUCAUUCAGCUUCUAAGUCGCUCAUAUACGUGAUCAACGACCUCCUUGACCUCACUAAUAUGGAAGAGGGUCAAGAGUUGAUCAAAGAUGAAGUUCUGGACUUGCCAGCUUGCAUUCGUGAAGCAACUGAGCCCUUUAAAGUAGACGCUAAGCGGAAAGCGCUAUCUUACGAAGUCAUCGAACAUCCCGGACUUCCCCGAUAUGUCCAUGGCGACUAUCGCCGGGUACGGCAGGUAGUAGCAAAUGUGACAGCAAACGCUAUUCAGCAUACGAGCGAGGGUUCAAUAAGGGUCGAAUCAUAUGCCGCAGAGGUCAACGAGUCCCGCGUUAAAGUUGAAAUUGUUGUUCAAGACACCGGCCGCGGUAUGAGCAACGAAAAACUUGAUGGCCUCUUUCGAGACUUGGAGCAAGUAAGCAUGGAUGCGGAUUCAUCUACAUCUGUUGACGACAUGGAGAAGCCAGGGGACAAUCGCUUCCUUGGCCUGGGUCUUGCUGUUGUUGCGAGGAUUUUGCGUAAUAUGAAUGGCCAACUGCGACUAAAAUCCGAAGAGGGGAAAGGAUCAAGAUUCAUCAUCCAGCUUCCCUUUGAAUUGCUGACAAAUGAAUCACUCGAGAAGCUCGACGCUACUGAUGCUACUGCUAACACCAUAGCUAUUUCAAGUACAGCUCCCGUCGUCAAAGCCUUUCCUCUACGAGAUGCUGAUGAAGUCAUGCUCAUUAAUCGAAAGAGCUCCAUCUCUAUCAACGCAUCAAAGCGCGCAAGCGUUGAAAGGAGAAGCUUCGACGAGACUAAGAGUGUCACUAGUAUAAGAAGCGCUACUAGCAAUAGUGCUCACAGCAAUAAGAGUGACGCGGAUCGUCUUAUUGACGCAAUUAAAACGCCCCUCUCAUUAGGAAACUUCGAAGAAAGGGCUACUGGCAUAGACCGUUUACAUUCGAGAGAACGUCAAAAUAAUGACUUGGACACUUUACCGGGAUCAGACAUGGUCCAUCCAUCAACAAUCGAUAUGAAUGGCUUGGAUCGGUCAGGCUUAGGGCAGGCUGGAUUUCCCACAGACGAAUCUGAGGGCCAGUACCGUGUUGCAGAUACCAAGACGCCCAUAAGGCCUAUUAAGGUGCCAGAUGAAUAUUUUGAUAAACCAAUGGUGUCUUCGGUUGGCACUGCACCCCAAGCGGCGCUCGAAACCGAUGGAAAGAUUCAAACUAGCAAAGAGGAAGCAAGUAACCCCAAGCUUGGAUCCCCUACGCAUUCAGGUAAACUGCAGGUGCUUAUUGCUGAGGAUGACCCUAUAAACAUGAAGAUACUGCGAAAGCGUCUAGAGAAAGCCGGGCACGAAGUAUAUCAUGCCGUCAAUGGCGAAGAUUGUGCCAGUGUUUAUAAAGAAAAGCCCGCUGGUUUCGAUGUUAUCCUUAUGGAUAUGCAAAUGCCUAUAGUCGAUGGUCUUACGAGUACUAAGAUGAUACGCGCCUUCGAGAAGUCGGGAACAGGCCCUGAGCCUACUCGUUCAGCGGCUAGCCACGAAAGGAUUCCUAUUUUUGCUGUCUCGGCUUCUCUCGUAGAGCGGGAGAAGUCGACAUAUGUCGAAGCCGGAUUUGACGGCUGGAUUUUAAAGCCUAUAGAUUUUAAGAGGCUUAACGUCUUACUUGAAGGAAUUUCCAAUGAUGAAGUUCGCGCGGACUCCCUCUACGCACCCGGCAAUUGGGAAAGGGGGGGGUGGUUCUUUGAAUCCGAUGACAGCAGUGGAUCCUAGCAAAUGGAUACGCUCACUACCAAGAUAAAUGCACCAACAGAGUAUAUGGCGGCUACGUUACGAUGAGGAAUCUAGCGACAAUUUAAGACCUAGCCUUGCGGUAGGGAUUUCUUUUACGACCGAAUGUUUACGUUUUCACAUCUCACCUUAUAGCGACAUUUCAAGAACAGCAUUACAAAGAGAAUACUACGACGAACUUGAG